AUGAGAGAGAGAGAGAAAGAAAGAGAGGAGUGAUUGAGUCUAUUGUUUGAAUGAAUGAAUGAAUCAAUUGAUUAGUAAAUACUUUAUAAACAAAACAAAAAAUGUCAACAAAACAGUUGUGAUGUUAUGGUCAGCGAAAUGAUGUCAACAAUUCGGAGGACACCAUCGGAUAGACAGACAGACAGACAGACAAUCAGAUGAUAUUAUGACCAAUUGGUGACCAAUUUAUAUAUAAGUGAUACUUCGUGUGCACACAAACUACAAAACAAACAAACAGUGGUUAGGAGUGUGACGGCGGCGGCGGUAAAAUAAUGGCAUCAAUAGGACAUCGCGGGACGUCAUUAUCAUCGACAACAACACUGAUGAUGGCGCUGAUGAUGAUGAUGACGAUGAUGGUAUUGGGAUGUAAUGCCUGGACAGUUAUCUAUGGCAACGAAAGUUUUAUUACCGACAACGAUAAUGUAGACAUCAUCGUCGGUACUAAUCAUAACAGACAGAUGAUUAAGACAUCAUUGACCAGUGAAUCAUUAGCGAAAAGCCGACGACGACGACGACGUCAUCCAACAAAUACGGAACCAUUGUUCGACAAAUCGUUAUAUAUUGUCGGCGUUCCCGAAGAAAAAGAAAAAGGUUAUAUCGUAACGACAAUGAGCGCCACUGAUCGGGAAUCCAACAGUGGUAGUGAUCUACUAUACCAGAUGAGUGCCAUUUUGGAUGCCCGCAGUCAGAGUAUGUUUGCCAUUGAUUCGACGUCGGGUGUCGUAGCGACAACUGUCCGAUUGGACAGGGAGUUUAUGGACGUACACUUUUUUCGUAUACUGGCCAUCGACAGUGGCCUACCAGCUCGUACGGCUACGUCGACAUUGCAGAUCAAUGUCGACGACGAGAACGAUCAUUCGCCGGUAUUCGAGUUGGCCUCCUAUGAGGCCCUGCUGAGAGAGUCGUCGCCAAUAUCGACAACCGUACUGACUGUCCGGGCCAUUGAUGCCGAUAGCGGUGCCAAUUCCGAUCUGGAGUACAGUAUUAUCAAUCCGAGCGGUCCGAACGAAGCGUUCAAAAUAGAUGGAAAUUCCGGUAUAAUAACUACCAGAGCGACACUUGAUAGAGAAGUGGUCGACUUGUAUACGCUGACAGUCCAGGCCUCCGACAGCGGACCCGUUCAUCUCAGACGUAACUCGCAGACAACUGUUACCAUCAAAAUACUGGACGAUAACGACAAUUAUCCACAGUUUUCCGAAAAAUCCUAUUCCGUACAGAUUGCCGAAGAUCUAAACUAUUCGAAACAUCCGGUUAUUGCCAAAGUCAGCGCCUAUGACGAAGACGAAGGACUGAAUUCGGUACUUCGGUAUUCAAUUAUCGGCGGCAAUACUCAGGGGUUGUUUCAAAUGGAUUCGCUUAACGGCGAAAUCAGUGUCGUCGGACCACUGGAUUACGAAGCCUCGCAUUCCUAUCGGCUGGUAGUCCGAGCCCAAGAUGCCGGUAGUCCGCCCCGUAGUAAUACUACACAGUUGUUGGUCAACAUUUUGGACAAGAAUGAUAACGAACCGAAAUUCUAUACGAGUCUAUUCCAGGAAACUAUUGUCGAAAAUUCGCCCGUCGGUUCGAGUAUAGUUCGGGUACAGGCCUACGAUGCCGACGACGGCGACAACGCUAUGAUUAGCUAUUCGAUUAGAAAUGCCAACUCACCAGAUAUGCCCAUUUCAGUUGACAAUCAAACCGGUUGGCUGUUUACCAAUCGGGAACUCGAUUGGGAAGAAUCGAGUCUGUACGAGUUUGUUGUCCAGGCCCAGGACAACGGUUCGCCACCGCUGUCUGCAUCGGCCAACGUUAUCAUACGGGUACAGGAUCUCAACGAUAAUGCGCCGCUAUUUGCACCGAAAAUCUAUCAGACAUCCGUAAGCGAAACCGAAACCGUCGGAUCGCCAGUGAUAUCGGUUACCGCAGCCGAUAAGGAUGAAAAUCCGCGACUCAUUUUCCAGAUAUCCAGCGGUAACAGUAGAUCCAGAUUCAGUAUAAUUACCCAAAACGGUCAGGGAUUGAUAUCCAUUGCACAGCCAUUGGACUAUAAAGCGGAUAAAAAGUUUGUCCUGACUGUGACGGCUACCGAUUCGGGCGGCAAGUUUGAUACGGCUACUGUCUAUAUCAAUGUAACCGAUGCCAAUACUCAUCGGCCUAUUAUCGAAAAGACACCAUACGCCAUAACAAUACCGGAGGACACACCGCUGGGAACUACUGUUCUGGUUAUCGAAGCUACCGAUGCCGAUGUUGGCCAAAAUGCCAGAAUCACAUUCCAAAUGGACGACCUGAGCGAGUUUCGUAUUGACGCCAAUUCGGGUGCCAUUGUUACCACCAAACAACUGGACAGAGAACAAACUGCUGGCUAUACAAUAGCCGUUACUGCCAUCGAUAACGGUGUUCCACCGUUGGCCGACACGACCAAUGUUGAGAUCGAAAUCGGCGACGUCAACGAUAAUUCGCCACAGUUUAAGCAGACAGUCUACACGGCCUCCAUCAGCGAAGACGCACCCAUUGGCAGUAGUGUUGUCCAACUCGGUGCCAGCGAUCAAGAUUUGGGUCUCAACGGUCAGGUCAGGUAUACGUUCGCCGGCGGCAAUGAUGGCGGAUCUAGUUUUGUCAUCGAUCAGACAUCCGGUGUCGUCCGAACCAAUAAGAUGUUGGACAGAGAGACCACACCAGUCUAUCAGUUGACAGCCCUGGCUGUCGACAGGGGUGUACCAUCGAUGUCAUCAUCAGUUCAGAUAAAUGUCCAAAUUGAUGACUGCAACGAUAAUCCGCCGCGUUUUCCAUCCGAAAAGAUCAAACUAUACGUACCAGAGAACAGUCCAAUCGGUUGGACAGUUGGCGUACUGACUGCCGUAGAUCCGGAUGAAGGUUCCAAUUCGAAAGUAGACUAUUCGAUUGUUGGCGGCGUCGAUAUGAAAUCAUUUUCGCUGAAACCCCGUCCGCUGGACAACUCGGCCGAAUUGAUAUCGGGUGUCGAUAUGGACUACGAGUCGACGAAAAAAGUCUAUCACAUUAUAGUCAGAGCUUCUUCGCUGCCACUGAGGAAUGAUGUCGACGUCGAGAUACAUGUGACGGAUGUAAACGAUCAUGCACCUAUUCUAAGAGAUUUUACCAUCAUAUUCAACAAUUACAAGAAUCACUUUCCAUUGAAUCAAGUGAUUGCCCGAAUACCCGCUUACGACGAUGAUGUAGCCGAUCGUCUAAACUAUCGGUUUGUAUCCGGUAAUAAUGCCAACCUAUUGAUUGUUAACGAAACAAACGGCAACAUUAAGCUGAGUCCCAGUUUGAAUACCAAUGUACCGAUGCGUGCCAUCUUCAGUGUCAGCGUAACCGACGGUAUCAACGAAGCCGCUGCUACUUGUCAUCUGUUGGUCAAUUUGGUUACCGAAGCCAUGCUAUUCAAUAGUGUUACGAUUCGGUUGAAUAAAAUGACACAAAAAAUGUUUCUAUCGUCUAUGUUUGACCGAUUUAUUGAGGGACUGGCCGCUAUAGUUCCCUGUCCCAAAGAGAAUAUUAUUGUUUUUAAUAUCCAGGAUGACAUAGAAAUUGAAUCGGAAAUAUUGAACGUCAGUUUUUCGGCCCGUCUAAUAGACAGUAGAGAUUCGGAAUCAUUUUAUUCGCCCCAAUAUCUCCAGGAAAGGGUUUACCUGAGUCGGCCACUACUGACCAAAUUGAUCGGACUUGAGGUGUUUCCAUUUGACGAUAAUCUAUGUGUUCGCGAACCGUGUCUUAACUUUGAGGAAUGUCUAUCAGUGCUCAAGUUUGGCAGUGCAUCGGAUUUUAUCGGUACCGAUACUGUAUUGUUUCGUUCAAUAAAUCCAAUCAAUACAUUUGCCUGUCGUUGUCCUAAAGGAUUUCAAGGAAUGCACCACAAAUACGAAUGCGAUACCGAAAUCAAUCUAUGUUUUUCGUCUCCGUGUCUUAACGGCGGUGUUUGCGUACACCAAGAGGGCGGCUAUGUUUGUCUAUGCAAUGAUGGCUAUGUUGGCAAAAAUUGCGAAAUCAAUUUGAUAUUGGAUCACUGUCGCAAUGGUCUAUGCAAAAGUGAUUCACAAUGUGUUAAUUCACGAUCAAUGAAAAUCAAGGCUACCCUAAACACCAGUAGUAGUACCGGUACCGGUAGUUUCCAAUGUGUUAACUGUUCACUGGAACAAUGGUCAACACCGUUAUGCGAACUAAAAACCCGAUCCUUUACCCGGGGUUCGUAUCUGACAUUUUCAUCGCUAAGACAACGCUACCGGUUGAACAUACGAUUGAAGUUUGCGACCAAACUAUCAAAUGCAUUGCUUCUAUACAAUGGCCGAUACAAUGAAAAACAUGAUUUUAUUGCAUUGGAAUUAAUCGACUCGAAAGUGGUAUUCAGUUUUUCCGUGGGCGCCAACAUUAGUCAGGUUAGUGUCCAGACAAAAGACGGUCUGGUCAACGAUGGCCAAUGGCAUCAAAUUGAAGUUAUCUAUGUCAAUCGGACGGCCACACUCAAACUGGACAACUGCGACCAGGAACUGCUACACGCUAUCAACAGAUAUCAUUACAACGAUCCCAAUCACUAUAUCGAUCCCCAACAGACCUACUGGUGCGCCAAUACAACUUCCCUGCAAUUGGAACCGCGUUGCGCCGACAAAAUGCAAACAUGCUAUCGAUUCCUGGAUCUAACUGGUCCGCUACAAAUCGGCGGUCUACCCGUACUGCCCACACAUUUCCAGACAACAAACAGCCAGUUCGACGGGUGUAUUAGUGAUCUGAUUAUCGAUAAUCAACUGAUUGAUCUGAACUCGUAUGUGGCCAACAAUUCGACCACUGCUGGCUGUCCGGAUAAACAUAAUUUUUGCCAAAGUCAACCGUGUCUGAAUGGCGGUACCUGUCUGAAUGGUUGGUCCAACUAUCAGUGCGAAUGUUCCGAUUCGUUUAGCGGCCAACAGUGUGGCCAACCAGAACAACUGGUCAAACAGUUCAAAGGUGACGGUCUACUAUCGUUUACGCCUCGGCUCCAGGCAAUCAGUCUUCCCUGGAUUAUUGGCCUACAGUUUAAGACAAUCGCUGCAAACGGUGUACUCCUGAGGCUACAGUUAGGCCACAAUAGUAUUGUUGUCGUCGAAAUUGUCAACUCAAACAUACGCUAUACAUAUGAUAUGCAAACCAUCAAAAUUUCCGACUACAGUGUCAACGAUGGCAAAUGGCAUCAGUUGGACAUCAAUUGGAUGACAAACGGUGUCCAAUUGGACGUGGAUUUUGGACAAUACAAACAAUUUCGUAACUUUGAUACCGAUAUCAGUGGACUAUAUGUGGCCAAAGCAACUGUCGGCGGCAUUGAAGUUAACGAUAUCGCCACAACCGGCGAUAACAAUUACCCGAAUUAUUUUAUCGGUUGUAUCAAAAGUCUAGAUCUAGCCGGCAAUCGGGACGGUUGGUUAAGGCCAUCGCUACAGACUAAUGUCGAAGACGGCUGUAUCGAAUCAAAUCCCUGUCUAUCGAAUCCAUGUCCGCCAAACAGCCGAUGUUAUAGCAAAGCAUUUUCCAAAUACGAAUGCAAAUGUAACGACGGUUUCGCUGGUGACCAGUGUCUGGAUAUUUGUCAUCUGAACCCUUGUUCCGUUGGUUCCAAAUGUCAGCGAUGGACAAACACUAGCCGUGGCUAUAAGUGCCAAUGCGAUGACUAUCACACAGGUCUGAACUGUUUAGACGAACUACCGAAAACAUGUCCGUCCAAUUGGUGGGGUUAUCCGAUAUGCGGUCCAUGCAAUUGCGAUACCAGUAAAGGCUACGACGGUAACUGUAAUAAGACAUCGGGUGAAUGUAGUUGCGAACAGAAUCACUUCCAGCCCCUGAACAGCGAUAUCUGUUUCAAAUGCGACUGUUAUUCUACCGGUUCGUAUACCAGUCGGUGCGAUACACUGAGCGGUCAAUGCAGAUGUCGGCCCGGAGUUAUCGGUCGCCGAUGCGAUUCGUGUUCCAGUCCGUUCGCCGAAGUUACUCUACGCGGCUGCGAAGUUAUCUACGAUGGCUGUCCCCGUGCGUUCACCGAACAGAUCUGGUGGGAACGUACACAGUUCGGCCAAAAGGCCAGUCAGGUGUGUCCACCUAACUCGCAGGGCAAAGCCCAACGCUAUUGUUCCGAUAUAAACGGCUGGACACCACCCGAUCUAUUCGAUUGUACGUCAAAUACGUUUGUCGAACUGGCCCAACAUUCCCAGCUAUUAGAGAACCAGGAGCUAACCCUAACGGCACAGUUAUCAAUCAAAAUAGCUAGCGAUCUGAGAAAUGCUAUCAAUUCGACCGAAACAUUAUAUGGCAGCGAUAUUCAGAUAGCCUAUCGACUAAUUAGGCAUAUAAUCGGCAAUGAGUUGAAACAGCGGGGCCUGAAUCUGACCCACAAACAGGACCGCUAUUUUAUCGGUAAUAUUAUUGAAUCGACUUCGUCUAUAUUGGAGCCGAGAUACGAAAUGAUUUGGGACACUGUAGCCGAUAGGGACAGAGGACCCGAACAUUUAAUUAAAUUAUUCAACAACUAUUUGGAAACAUUGAUCGACAAUCAAAUGGAUACGUUUACCGAUCCGUUUGAGAUAUCAUCGAAAUGGAUGACAAUCGGUUUGGAUACUGUAUCGAGUGAUCAGCUCUGGGAUAUGCCACGAUCGUUGAACUCGUAUGUCAAUACCAGUCAACUGAUUGAAUCGUCGGCACCGUCCGUCUAUGUGGACACUAGUCUACCGCCCGAAUCGAAUCCAGCGGUAGCCAUACCCAAAUACAACAACUUUCCCAAUCGAAAACAAUAUAUCGACGACAUUACCAAAGCAUUCAUACCCUUGAAGCUAAUAGCGGUAAAAAGUUUACAAGAAAUAGCCGCCAAUCCUCUAACGGCAUCGUUUGAUAAACAAAAAGAUAAGUCCAAUAACGCUGUCAUCGGUUACGCAAUAUUCUCAUCGUUGGCACAAUUGUUGCCAUCAGUUGUCGACUCGAGUGUCAGACAUCGAUUUGGACAACCAUUCAAAGGCAACUCUCCCGUAAUCGUAAUGACAAUGAGGCCGACAAAUGGCACAAAAUUAGUUAACAAAUCGUUUCAAUCGACAAAAGUACAGUUCCGGUUGCGGACAUUGGUUCGGUCGGCCCGAAGUAAUCCCCAGUGUGUCUAUUGGGCGUUCAAUUCGAAUGGCAAUUCCCGAACUAAAUCUAGUGGUAGCGGACAACUCGGUGGCCAAACCGGUCGUGGCCGAUGGUCAUCGAAAGGCUGCGAAGUAAAGGGCACUUAUACGGCACAUAAAUAUAGGCUUUCCUAUGACUAUAUCAACUGUUCGUGCGAUCGUUCAAUAGGUGUGGCCCUACUCAUGGAUAUCAAUUCAAAUGAUCUAUACAUAAGCGAAUCGUUAGUUCAAGUGGUUGUCUCAUCGAUUGGUUCGCUAAUAUCGUUGGGUUUACUAUCGGUAACACUGUUUGUAUUGACAGCUAUCAGAGGAAUCGAAACCAAUAGUAAUUCAAUUCACAAGAAUCUGGUUUUAUGUCUACUAUUAAGUCAACUAAUAUUUUUGACCGCUUCGAGACUUCGGUCAUCGUUAGUCGAAAAAGAGUUUGGCUGCAAAAUAAUUGCCAUAAGUUUGCAAUACUUUUUUAUGUCGCUAUUCGCGUGGAGUUGUGUCCAAAGUAUUCAUUUGCAUCGAAUGCUUACCGAAAUUCGCGACAUAAAUCACGGACCCAUGAGAUUCUACUAUUUCAUUGGCUACGCUAUUCCGGCCAUAAUUGUCGGCCUGACAGUCGGCGUACGGGCAGAUCAAUACGGCAACUAUCUAUUUUGUUGGCUUUCAAUCUACGAGAGCAUAAUAUGGAGUUUAGUGGCACCCAUAUGUGUAGCUAUUAUUAUAAAUCUGGUAGUCUUUUUGCUGGCCAUUCAGGCCAGUGUCCAAAUAAAAGAGGCGAUCAGCGACUACGGCAAUCUCAGGACACUGCUAUGGCUAAGCAUAAUAUUGUUGCCAUUGUUAGGCUCGGUCUGGAUUCUGGCACUACUAUCGGUCAACGAUUCACUGGAUGAACUACACUAUGGCUAUUCAAUGAUGUCGCUCCUGACAUCACUCUACGUAUUCAUCGGGUACUGUGUUAUCAACUAUCGGGUCCGGCACAACGUUCAGGCACUCUGGGCCCGUAUUCAGGGCAAAAAAGCCAUAUUCAUCGACGACAGCCUAAGCGGUACCCGAACAUCGCUGGCCGGUUCACGAUCGGCACCAGUAUUUCAUAAUUCAUCGUUCGACGUAUUGCAUCGCAAUAUUAACAUUUGUGCCUCAUCUACGACCAGCCGUUCCACUGUCACCAAGACGUCUAGUUCUGUAUUAAGACAUAAAAGACGGCGUGCCAUCAAUGAAGAUCGUUCGGAAUCAGAUAGCGAUGACGUUUCCUACGACAGAUCACUGGAUCUGGCGUCAAGUCAUUCGUCAGAUGACGAUGACAACAGUACGGCUCCCAAACAAAAUCGAAUCAAUGCUGCCAUUCAACAGCAGAGCCAUAGCCAUCAUCUUCAUCGCAACAACAUUGUCGACAAUGACGACAACGACGACGACGACAAUGAAUUAAACGCUGUUCUCGUGUCCAAUGCAUCGAUUCUUCCAUCGCUUCAAUCGUUUGAUUAUUCGACGUCCACGUCGUAUCAUCCAAAGUGGCCACCGAUGAUGAUGGCCAGCCAUUCAGUGCCAUCAAAUAGUCCGCCAUUGGUAUCUCCCACCGCCACCGAUGGUGGAACAGCUACUACUACGACUCCUUCAUAUCUAAGAAGUCGACCGUAUUCCAGAUCAAACAUACUGGCCAUGACUGCGGGACUUACGGGCAAUAAUAAUAAUAAUAACACUAAUUCAUUAAUCAAUGAAACUAAUAAUAAUAAUAAUAUAGUACGAGAUCCGACACUACUAUCUCAGCCACCAUUACUGAGACCUAGUUAUCUAACAACUACUACUAUGACGACGCCAUCGUCGCACAUCAAUGAUCUGAUCCAGUCAUCGGCGGCGCCUAAUCAUCAACAACAACAUCAUCAUCAAAGUAAUGAUAAUCUAAGUGAUAAUAUCAAUCUCAGUCAUAAUAAACACUACGAAGACAGUAGCAAUUCAAAGGCCAACAGUAUUAGCGAAAUACUUACCGCCGCUGCCGAUAGUAGUAGUAAUAGAGGAGGAAGUAGUAGAGGAGGAAGAGUAGAGGUCGUCGACCAUCAGUUAGAUAAUACUAAAGGCGGAGAUGAGGUCACGAUUGUGACACCAUCACCACCACCGCUAGUAGUGAGUGAUUUACAGCAACAACAAUAUCAACAAACACUGUCACCUCUAUUGCUAUUAUCACAACAGUCAUCGAUCACUGUUGUCGAGACUACUGAGAACAGUGAGGAGACAGCUGUCACUACUACUAGCAGUACAUCCAGUAGUGAUAAGUCGUCGACUACGACGACUCUCCCAGAAGUUGACUCAACCGCACACUUGCAUUGAAAAAAAAAACUAUACAUACAUUUCGAAACAUGCAUUUGAAAAGUCAUUGAUUUUUUCUUCCCAUUCAUCGAUUCAUUGAUUCAUUCAAUCAUUUCAUUUGAUAAUAAUAA